CUAAGCUUAAAUCCAAAUAAACCCAUCUUCUCUCUCUCUCUCUCUCUCUCUCUCUGAGAACUUAGAAUUCAUUGAGGAUUAAUGGAAGUUCAAGCGAUCAGAGGUUGUGGAUCUGCAAAACAUGAUACGAGUUCUGAAGAGGGCAUGGACAUCAGGAGAGGUCCAUGGACAGAUGAAGAGGACUUCACGCUCAAGGGUUAUGUCACCAUCCAUGGUGAGGGUCGCUGGAACUCCGUUGCACGCUGCACAGGUUUGAAGCGAACGGGUAAAAGCUGCAGAUUAAGAUGGUUGAAUUACUUACGCCCUGACGUUAAACGCGGGAAUAUCAGCCUCCAAGAACAGCUAUUGAUUCUUGAUCUUCAUUCUCGUUGGGGCAAUAGAUGGUCCAAAAUAGCACAGUAUCUGCCUGGAAGAACAGAUAAUGAGAUAAAAAACUAUUGGAGGACCAGGGUCCAAAAGCAGGCUAAGCAACUCAAAUGUGACGUAAACAGCAAACAGUUCAGAGACGCCAUGCGUUACGUAUGGAUGCCCCGGUUGAUGGAGCGAAUCCGGGCUGAAUCCGAAUCCAACUCGGAUGAACCCACCACUGGAUACAGUACUCAAUCUACAACUGAUCACUUCCCCAACAAUUCGACAGGACUCAACUCCUCAUAUCAAGUCGAUACGUCUCUGUCCGAACCAGUUGAACCCUACUUCAUGCAUGCAGUAUUGAGUGAUUCCCCGGCUGCUUCAUCGGAGGCCCAAGUUUCCUCCAUCUCGGAUCUAUCUGAAUGCUACAAUAUAGUACCCGGGGGUAAUUACACCGAUAAUUCUCUAAACGGGUCCGGACUAUGCCAAAAGGGCUUGGAAAUGGAUAUCCCAUCGUUGGAGCAUAGCAAUGGGUGGUAUGGUGGUGGUGGAGACGCAUUGGAUAGCUUGUGGAAUGACGAGAACACGUGGUUUUUGCAACAACAGCUUUAUGAUUAUGAGGUCUAAAACAAUGGAAUAAAAAAAAAAAAAAAAAAAAAAAGUAGAAUCUCCUUACGUGACGCAUUUAAUUCGGCAUUCAGAAGAACAAUACUAGCAUUGUUUUGGUGUUAACUUUGCUGAUCCCAUAACUUAAUUAUGUGUGAAAAAUAUUUAUAUAUGUAAGAAAUGUUACAGCAGAUUUUAUAAAAAUAAGUUCUUGAACUGACAUGGUUUAUGAUGUAUUAUUGUACGUGUAGAUUUAUUUUAUAAUAAAAUUAAUUUUAUAGUUAAUCUAUCA